GGACAAAAAGGCUGGAUAAACGAGAUGAUUUCAACACUAUUUUUUAAGGCAACAAGACUCGCAGCUUUAAAUUUAAGAGAACACAAAUGGGACAAAUUUAAAGAAAUUUCAACUAAAAAUUUAACAAAUUAUUUAAUAAAUAGAUUGCCUCAAAUUAAAGAAGAAGACCUUUUUGAAAAUCUUAAUUUUACACAAAACCAAAUUGUUUGUGGAUUUAUUUAUUCUUCCUUUUUUUCUUGUGAUAGUAUUGUUAGAGCAUUUCUUUCAUCCAAACGGGAGGAUUUAACAUAUAACAGCAUGUUUGUAUUUUUCAUUGACAAAACUAUAGAAAAACAGCAAAAUUUGGAAGACCUAAAAUUCAAAGAAGAUGAAGAAGAAAAUAUUAAUUUAUGGCGUCCAACAACUCGUUCAAUUUCAAAAUUGUUGAAAAAACCAGAAAAUUUGUUAAUUUGCAAUAUUUCGUUAGCUAGGCAUUUGGGUGGUCAAACACCAGCAAAUUUUGGACGUUGGAAAAUUACUGAAUUAAAUUUUUUUGAUUGUAAAUAUGCAAUAAAUGAACAACAUUGUUAUUAA